UAUAAAGCAGAAUUACAAUAGUGUAUCUGAUUUGAUAAUAAACGCUUAUCUUAAGUGAACCGAUAAAAAGUAAAUCAUAUUAAUUUAAAAUCUCAUUUCGCUAAAUUCUCAGAACAGCACUACACAUAGGUUGCCAAUAUGUCUGAUCCAAUUGUCACCAUCAAACAGGGGGACCUGAAAGGUAAAAUAGACAAAGACCAAAAUGAUCAAGAUUACUACACAUUCCACGCUAUUCCGUACGCCAAACCACCGCUUGGAGAUCUCAGAUUCAAGGCGCCUCAACCGCCAGAAUCUUGGGAUGGAGUAAGAGAUGCAACCGAAGAAGGAAAUGAAUGUUUCUCAAGACAUCCAAUGUAUCAAAAGAAGUCGGUUGGCUCUGAGGAUUGUUUAAUAUUGAACGUCUUUACUCCAGAAUUGCCCACGAAUAAGAAGCAUCUGAAACCUGUGAUGUUGUGGAUACAUGGAGGAGGAUUCAAGUUUGGCUCAAGCAAAGUAGAAAUGCAUAGUCCUGAAUUCUUGAUGACUGGCGACGUUGUUUUGGUUACAGUUAAUUUCAGAUUAGGCAUAUUUGGAUUUUUGAGUUUCGAUGAUACAACUUUGAGAGUUCCCGGAAACGCGGGUUUGAAAGACCUGGUAAUGGCAUUGCGCUGGAUAAAGGAAAACAUUGAAAGUUUCAACGGGGAUCCAAAUAACGUAACAAUCUUUGGUGAGAGUUCUGGAGGAGCUUUGGUCCAUUAUUUGGUACUUUCACCAAUGGCAAAGGGUCUUUUUCAUAGGGCAAUUUGCCAAAGUGGCGUUGCUCUUAAUGUUUGGGCCAAGGGCACAAGAUGCAGACAAGAAUAUAUGAGACAUUUAGGAUACGAAAAUUGCAAAACCGAGAGGGAAAUGCUGGAAAUCUUACAAAAGGCAGACAAAAAGGAUCUAGUUGAUGCGCAUUGGAAAAUACCAGAUUUGAUGCAAGCUCACGCUGAAGCGCAUCGAGUAUUUGGACCAGUUGUUGAGAACUUUAAUCCAUAUGAAGAGGCGUUCUUGAGCGAUGAACCGUUAAACAUAUUAAAAUCUGGAAACUUCAACAAAGUUCCUAUGAUCUUUGGUUACACUUCAAGCGAAGGUCUCUUCUUUACGCUUUUUAAAGAACCGAUGAUAAGCGAUUUUGAAAUUAGUGUUCCGUACACUUUAAAAUUCCCAAGAGGGAGUCCAAUGUCUAAAGUCGUUGCUGAGAGAAUUAAGCAAUUCAUGAAGCGAUUCGUAAUCAAAUGGCAGUUUCGGAUCAGCCAAUAUUCCUUUAUAGGUUUUCAUGCAUUUCGCAACUGAACAUAUAUAAAGUAUUAGGAAAGCUUACCGAUAAAGGCGCUUGUCACGCUGACGAUCUUGGCUACCUUUUUAAAAUGAUGAUUACACCAGAGAUAAAACCUGGCUCAAUCGAAGAUAUCAGUAUGAAGCGUAUGGUUCAAUUUUGGACAAACUUUGCGAGGUAUGGCAAUCCAAAUCCACCUCAAACAAGCAAACUCUUCCCUGUAAAAUGGCCCAACGUCGAAAAGCAAGACCUUCAUUUUAUGGAUUUAGGCGAGAACUUGACUGUCGGCGUAAAUCCGGAAAGAGAAAGAAUGGAAUUCUGGGAUCAAAUUUACGCAAUGAGACCAAGCAAUAAUUCAAAACUAUAAAUAAAUACAUACAUUUUCAUAUUGAAA